AUGGAAGAUGAAAAUAUUUUAAUUAAUGUAUCAGGACAUCGUUUCGAAACAAAACGUAGUACAUUAGAUAAACAUCCAAAUACAUUAUUGGGAUCUAAUAGUAGAGAAACUUUUUAUAAUAAAAUUACUAAAGAAUAUUAUUUUGAUCGUGAUCCAAAUAUAUUCCGUUAUAUAUUGAACUACUAUCGUACUGAUAGAUUACAUUUUCCAAAGAAUGAAUGUGUCAAUAACUAUGAUGAGGAACUUGAAUUUUUUGGUAUGACAUCAAAGAUUUUAAUAGAAAAUGAUGAAAUCUCAGAAGAUACACAAAAAUGGAAGAGUUUUGUUAAAAAAAUUCAUGAAUCUAAAUUUGGUUUGAUAUUUCAUCUAAUAACUGGUUUGUUUAUAAUAAUAUUUGUUAUUGCAAAUUUUGUUAGAAAUGAACAAUGUCCAAAUAUAGCCUAUCAUUAUGCCACUACAUGUUCGUAUCGAUAUAGUAAUGGAUUUUUUUAUUUGGAUUUAAUAUGCGUUAUUUCAUUUACAAUAGAAUUUAUUGUUCGUUUCGUUUUUACUGCAAGUUUCAGAUUUCGGUAUACUAAGAUCAAUUAUAAUAUUAAGAGUAUUUCGUCUGCUUGA